GUAGACGCCCAUGACAUUGGCCUCGUAUCCCAACCUUCGAGCUAGACCUACUCGAGCUAGACCUACUGAUUCUUCCCCAAUUGAUCUCUCCUCAGCACAUCUGUGCGAUACGUGUUUUCUAGCUGAUUGUAUUUUAUACUACAUUCCCCUAGGCCUUGUUGCUCUGCACUCGCUGUUAAACAUCUCUAGAACGGUCUUCUGACAUCAUUGAUCGAGUCAUUUAUUGGCCCAGAAGUACUGCAGUAAAUCUACCACUCCACUAAUUCGACGUUCACCGUGUACCACCACUAGUACCGAUGACAUCUAUAUUGCACGACCAUGAACACGAACAGACUCCUGCUGUGAAAAUCGCAAAAGCAGCCAAGUCUGCAUUCGAAGCUUCCCAACUCAUCCCUCCAGCGGAACGCGUCAAAGCUCUUCACGAAAUUCGGAAAGAACUGGUGAAUGCCAAAGAUGACAUACUGGUUGCGAAUCUGAGGGACUGUCUCGCGGCCCAAGCUGAAGUGGAUGCAGGUCGAAUGUCAAGUUCACUCCUGAAGCGACUUGAUCUGACAAAGGGGGACAAAUGGGAUUCCUUGCUUCAAGGGAUCACAGACGUAGCCAACUUACCUGACCCUACGGGAAUCGUCACUUAUGCUUCCGAGCUUGACGACAACCUUGAAUUGUAUCGAGUCUCCUGUCCGAUCGGUGUCCUUCUCGUCAUCUUCGAAGCUCGUCCAGAAGUUGUUGUGAACAUUGCUGCUCUUGCAAUCAAGUCAGGCAAUGCUGCUAUCUUGAAGGGCGGAAAGGAAUCAAACGAUACCACACAACUCCUUGCCCAAGCGAUUCAAAAGGCACUUUCUCGGACAUCCGUUCCUAGCACAUAUAUCCAAGCUAUCCAAACUCGCGCAGAAGUCUCCGCCCUGCUCGCUUUGGAUAAGUACAUCGACUUGGUCAUUCCUAGGGGUAGCAACAGCCUCGUCCGAAACAUCCAGAAUAACACACGUAUCCCCGUCAUGGGCCAUGCAGAAGGGUUAUGUUCAAUCUUUGUGGACGAAUCUGCGGACGUCGAGAAAGCUGUCAGGGUCGUCGUUGAUUCAAAGACGGACUACCCGGCAGCAUGCAACUCUGUCGAAACACUCAUCCUCCACGAAAACGUCCUAAACACAAUCUGGCCCACAAUAGCCCAAGCCCUCCUCUCCUCAAACGUCCAACUCCUCUGCGACUCCCCCUCCCUGUUCGCCCUCCACACCCUCUCCCCCGCUCCCGAGAACAUCUCAACCCACGUCCACCCAUCCACUCCACAAUCAUACAUCACCGAACACCUAACCCUCACGCUCUCCGUCCUAACCGUCCCAGACCUCUCUUCAGCCAUUAAGCACAUAAACGCACACUCCUCCCAUCACACCGACUGCAUCCUCACAGAAAACGAGGACUCAGCUAGCGCUUUUUGUAGAGGUGUGGACUCUGCUGGGACGUUUGUGAAUGCGAGUACGAGGUUUGCGGAUGGGUUUAGGUAUGGGUUUGGGACGGAGGUGGGGAUUAGUACGGGGAAGAUCCAUGCGAGGGGCCCGGUGGGUUUGGAAGGGCUUGUGAUUUAUAAGUACAUGUUGAGGGGGAAGGGGGAGAAGGGGCAUGUGGUUGGGGAGUUUGGGAUUGAGAAGGGGAAGAAGAAGUUUAAGCAUGUGCCGAUUGAGACGAAGACUGCUCCGUAUUGAUUGUAUUGUUAUUAUUACUUUCGAGACAAGAGGGGAUGAGCAGGACAAUCGUUGGACAUAUACUGUACGUAUAGUAGUGCAGAACGUUUGUAAGGGUAUGCGAGGUAACAAAGAAAUCCUGUAUCGAUAUAUCUAUCAUACAUCACGAAAAGCACUUUUUCACGAUA